GAGGGAGGCGCGUCCCUUCCGGGUGGUGCCGCGGGCCCGAGCGCCCGCUCGGCUCUUGCUCCCGGCCUCGUCAUGCAGCCACCGGCUCACGAGCAGGACGCCCGCACUAAGAGCAUGUUUGUAUCUCGGGCCCUGGAGAAGAUCCUGGCGGAGAAGGAGGCGAAGCGGCCCCCGCACGGGCAGCUGCGGAGAGCCUGCCAGGUGGCGCUGGAUGAAAUAAAAAGUGAGCUGGAAAAGCAAAGAGAAGGCACUGCUGCUCCACCAAAAGCAAAUUUCAUUGAAGCAGAUAAAUAUUUCCUUCCAUUUGAGCUGGCCUGCCAGUCAAAGUCUCCACGCAUCGUCAGUACUUCCCUGGAUUGUUUACAGAAACUCAUUGCAUAUGGGCACAUCACUGGCAAUGCUCCGGACAGCGGAGCUCCCGGAAAACGGCUGAUUGACCGAAUAGUGGAAACCAUUUGCAAUUGCUUUCAGGGUCCUCAAACAGAUGAAGGAGUACAACUGCAGAUAAUUAAGGCUCUUCUCACUGCAGUAACAUCUCCAUAUAUAGAAAUUCAUGAAGGAACAAUUCUUCAAACUGUUAGAACCUGCUACAACAUCUAUCUAGCCAGUAAAAAUCUUAUUAACCAGACAACUGCCAAAGCUACCCUUACACAGAUGUUAAAUGUAAUUUUUACACGGAUGGAAAAUCAAGCUUUGCAGGAGUCCAGAGAAGCAGAGCGAACGCAGAAGCCGCAGUCCCCCACAGUGGCGGGGCCGCGGUCCCCACGGCCGGGGCAGCGGCGGCACAGCUCCUGGGCAGGCAGAGCCGGCACCGCCGGCACCGUGCUGGCCAAUGGGGAGCCCGGCCGCGGGGAACCCCGCCAUGGGGAGCCUGGCCCUGAGGAACCCGGCCGCGGGGAGCCCAGCCCUGAGGAACCCGGCCAUGGGGAGCCCGGCCGCGGGGAGCCCGGCCGCGGGGAGCCCGGCCGCGAGGAACCCCGCCAUGGGGAGCCUGGCCCUGAUGAACCCGGCCGCAGGGAGCCCAGCCCUGAGGAACCCGGCCAUGGGGAGCCCGGCCGCGGGGAGCCCGGCCGCGGGGAGCCCGGCCCUGAGGAACCCGGCCGCGGGGAGCCCGGCCCUGAGGAACCCGGCCGCGGGGAGCCCAGCCACAGGGAGCUGCAGCAGGCCCCCACCAUGCUAGUGGCAGAGGAAACGAUUGAUGGAGGAAAGGAAAUGGUUCAGGGCAUCUUGGAAGAUGUGGUGGAUUCAGCUGUGAAAGUGGCUGAAGAAAAGCAGGUAACAGAACCUGUCAAGGCUCUGCCUGCAUUAGAGACUGUGGAUACUCUUCUUUCUGGCUCUAGCACUGAAAAUGUACAAACAAAUGGGAUUCCAGAUGAUGGGCAGUCUGUUUCCUCCACUGAUAAUCUGGAAACAGAUGUAUCUGGACAUCAAGCUGCUGCCAGAUUUUCCCAUGUUCUACAAAAGGAUGCCUUCCUUGUGUUCAGGUCAUUGUGCAAGCUCUCCAUGAAACCGCUGGGGGAAGGACCACCAGAUCCCAAAUCACAUGAAUUGCGUUCCAAGGUUGUGUCUCUCCAGCUGCUUCUCUCAGUGCUGCAGAAUGCUGGUCUGGUUUUCAGGACACAUGAAAUGUUCAUCAAUGCAAUCAAGCAAUAUCUUUGUGUAGCAUUAUCUAAAAAUGGAGUCUCUUCUGUUCCUGAUGUGUUUGAGCUCUCUCUUGCCAUUUUCCUCACACUGCUUUCGAAUUUUAAGACCCAUUUGAAAAUGCAGAUUGAGGUGUUCUUCAAAGAGAUCUUCCUGAAUAUUCUAGAGACUUCUUCAAGUUCCUUUGAACACAAGUGGAUGGUGAUUCAGACUUUAACUAGAAUUUGUGCAGAUGCCCAGUGUGUAGUGGAUAUUUAUGUUAACUAUGAUUGUGAUUUAAAUGCUGCUAAUAUAUUUGAACGUCUCGUAAAUGAUUUAUCCAAAAUUGCACAGGGACGAAGUGGGCAUGAAUUGGGAAUGACACCUUUACAGGAACUAAGCCUGAGGAAAAAAGGACUUGAAUGUUUGGUUUCUAUUUUAAAAUGUAUGGUAGAAUGGAGCAAAGACCUUUAUGUGAACCCCAAUCAUCAGACUAGCUUGGGUUCAUAUAAACCAUCUGAACAGGAAAUGGCUGAAGGUAAAUGCCUGGACGCUGGAGGGAGACGGAGUAGUGUCAGUUCCUUGGACUCCACUGUAUCGUCGGGAGUGGGAAGUGUUGGUACCCAGACUGCUGUCCCAGAUGAUCCAGAGCAAUUUGAAGUCAUCAAGCAACAGAAGGAAAUAAUUGAACAUGGGAUAGAACUGUUUAAUAAAAAGCCAAAGAGAGGAAUACAGUAUCUACAGGAGCAGGGAAUGCUUGGCACUACAACAGAGGACCUGGCACAAUUCUUGCACCAAGAGGAACGCCUCUGCUCUACUCAAGUAGGGGAAUUUCUUGGGGAAAGCAGCAAGUUUAACAAGGAAGUGAUGUAUGCCUAUGUAGACCAGCUUGAUUUCUGUGGAAAAGACUUUGUCUCUGCUCUGCGUAUAUUUCUGGAAGGUUUUCGUCUGCCAGGUGAAGCCCAGAAGAUUGAUAGAUUAAUGGAGAAGUUUGCUGCUAGAUAUAUUGAAUGCAACCAACGGCAAACACUAUUUGCUAGUGCAGACACUGCCUAUGUUUUGGCAUACUCCAUUAUAAUGCUGACUACAGACUUGCACAGUCCACAGGUAAAAAAUAAAAUGACAAAGGAGCAAUACAUUAAAAUGAAUCGAGGAAUCAAUGACAGUAAAGACCUGCCAGAAGAGUAUUUAUCCACAAUCUAUGAAGAAAUAGAAGGAAAGAAAAUUGCGAUGAAAGAGACAAAAGAAUAUGCAAUUACAACCAAGUGUAGUAAACCAAGUGUAGCUAACGAGAAGCAGCGGAGGUUGUUGUACAACUUGGAAAUGGAGCAAAUGGCAAAGACAGCCAAAGCCCUCAUGGAGGCAGUGAGCCAUGCAAAGGCACCUUUCACCAGUGCCACUCACCUGGAUCAUGUCAGACCCAUGUUCAAACUUGUCUGGACUCCACUGCUGGCAGCAUACAGUGUUGGCUUGCAGAAUUGUGAUGACCCAGAAGUUGCGUCGCUAUGUUUGGAAGGAAUACGCUGUGCCAUCAGAAUAGCCUGUAUCUUUGGAAUGCAGCUUGAACGAGACGCUUAUGUACAGGCCCUUGCUCGUUUUUCCUUGUUGACUGCCAGUUCCAGCAUUACAGAAAUGAAACAGAAGAACAUUGAUACCAUUAAGACACUCAUUACAGUUGCUCACACAGAUGGCAAUUAUCUUGGCAAUUCUUGGCAUGAGAUCUUGAAAUGUAUUAGCCAGCUGGAACUGGCACAGCUCAUAGGAACUGGCGUGAAAACGCGGUAUUUGUCUGGCUCUGGGCGUGAGAGGGAAGGCAGCAUUAAGAGCUAUGCCUCUGCAGGAGAAGAGUUUAUGAGCCUGGGAUUAGGGAACCUCGUUGGGAGUGGGGCUGACAAACGGCACAUGGCGAGCAUCCAGGAGUCUGUGGGGGAGACCAGCUCGCAGAGUGUGGUGGUAGCAGUAGACAGGAUAUUCACGGGCUCCACGAGGCUGGACGGGAAUGCCAUAGUCGACUUUGUGCGGUGGCUGUGUGCUGUGUCCAUGGACGAGCUGGCGUCCCCGCACCACCCGCGCAUGUUCAGCCUGCAGAAGAUCGUGGAGAUCUCCUAUUAUAACAUGAACCGCAUCAGGCUGCAGUGGUCGAGGAUUUGGCAUGUGAUUGGAGAUCACUUCAAUAAGGUUGGGUGUAACCCUAAUGAAGAUGUUGCCAUCUUUGCUGUAGACUCAUUAAGGCAGCUGUCAAUGAAAUUUCUUGAGAAGGGAGAGUUAGCCAACUUCCGCUUCCAGAAAGACUUCCUAAGGCCUUUUGAGCAUAUUAUGAAGAAAAACAGAUCUCCGACUAUUCGAGACAUGGUGAUCCGCUGUAUUGCUCAGAUGGUGAACUCUCAAGCCGGUAACAUUCGUUCUGGCUGGAAAAAUAUCUUUGCUGUCUUUCAUCAGGCAGCAUCAGACCACGAUGGGAAUAUCGUAGAGCUGGCCUUUCAGACUACAGCACACAUAGUUACAAAUAUUUUUCAGCAGCAUUUUCCAGCAGCAAUUGACUCAUUUCAAGAUGCAGUAAAAUGCCUCUCUGAGUUUGCCUGUAAUGUUGCCUUCCCGGACACCAGCAUGGAAGCCAUCAGGCUUAUUCGCUAUUGUGCAAAAUACGUCUCAGAAAGACCGCAGGUAUUAAGAGAAUACACAAGUGAUGACAUGAAUGUGGCUCCUGGGGACAGAGUGUGGGUCAGAGGAUGGUUUCCUAUUUUGUUUGAACUUUCUUGUAUCAUCAAUCGUUGCAAGUUAGAUGUUCGUACAAGAGGCUUAACAGUGAUGUUUGAAAUCAUGAAGAGUUACGGGCAUACCUUUGAAAGGCACUGGUGGCAAGACCUGUUUAGAAUUGUGUUUCGGAUUUUUGAUAAUAUGAAACUCCCUGAGCAACAAACAGAGAAAUCAGAGUGGAUGACCACGACGUGCAACCACGCCCUUUAUGCCAUCUGUGAUGUGUUCACACAGUUCUAUGAAGCUUUGCACGAGAUCCUUCUUCCUGACAUACUUGCACAGUUACACUGGUGUGUAAAACAAGAUAAUGAGCAGUUGGCACGAUCAGGUACAAACUGCCUGGAAAACCUGGUAAUACUCAAUGGACAGAAAUUCAGCCCUGAAGUCUGGGGCCAGACAUGCAACUGUAUGCUAGAAAUCUUCAAAACAACUAUUCCUCAUGUCUUGCUGACAUGGAAGCCUGUAGGAAUGGAGGAAGAUUCAUCUGAAAAACACUUGGAUUUGGACCUAGAUCACCAGUCUUUAAGCAGCAUGGAUAAAAAUGCUUCUGAAAGAGGACAAAGCCAAUAUUCAAAUCCAACAGAUGAGAGCUGGAAAGGUGGUCCUUACACAAACCAGAAACUAUUUGCUGGCCUCCUGAUCAAGUGUGUGGUACAGCUGGAGUUGAUACAGACCAUUGACAACAUAGUGUUCUAUCCAGCAACAAGCAAGAAGGAAGAUGCUGAGCACAUGGCUGCAGCUCAGCGAGACACGCUGGAUGCAGUUAUCCACAUUGACACAGAAGACCAAGGAAUGUAUAAAUAUAUGUCUUCACAUCACCUUUUUAAGUUACUGGAUUGUCUGCAAGAGUCUCACUCAUUUUCAAAAGCCUUUAAUUCAAAUUAUGAGCAACGAACUGUGUUAUGGAGAGCAGGGUUCAAGGGUAAAUCAAAACCCAAUCUCCUAAAACAAGAGACCAGCAGCCUGGCAUGCUGCCUGAGGAUCCUGUUCCGGAUGUACGUGGACGAGAGCCGGCGGGAGGCCUGGGACGCGGUCCAGCGGCGGCUGCUCAGUGUGUGCAGUGAAGCCCUGGCGUAUUUUAUUACUGUCAACUCGGAAAGCCACAGAGAAGCCUGGACCAAUCUCCUGCUGUUGCUUUUAACAAAAACACUAAAAAUCAGUGAUGAUAAGUUCAGGGCACACGCUUCCACCUAUUACCCGUACCUGUGUGAGAUCAUGCAGUUCGACCUGAUCCCCGAGCUGCGGGCGGUGCUGCGCAAGUUCUUCCUGCGCAUCGGGCUGGUGUUCAACAUCUGCAUCACGGGCGAGCAGGCGCGCGCAGCUGGCACCAGCCUGCCUUCCUGGUAGCUCCCAGUGAGGCUCUUACACCAGCCUGUGCGGAAAGCUGUGUCCAGAGAUGGAUUGAAGUGGAUGGGAAAAAAUGGGACCCUGCUGUAUCACCACAGGAGCAAGUUAUUCUUCCCACAAAGGCAUUUGGGAACGAGGAAAAUAAUCCUGUUCUGUCCAUCCUACAGAAGUGUCAGCAGUUUAAUUUAAAUUAUUGCUUACAGAGUCAAUACAGUAGGUGUGCGGUCUCUUUGUUUCAAUGCUAAUCAUUUGUAUGAUCCAGUAUGUCUCUUCUAGUCCUUUAUGCACUGCUCAGUCUUUCAUCCCAGCUAGAGCUGAUAAAUCAGCUGGGUAUCUCCACAGCCAUUAUGCCCCUUGGAACUAAUGACUGUAUUUGUGUAGCCUUGUGAUGUUGGCAAGUGUUCAUAAUAAACUUGACUGUGGUGGCCAGUGACCACCCGAGAUCCCUCUGGGUUUUCCUUUGUGUCCUGGACCAGGCCAGGCAGGGCACUGGGCUCUUGAAGUGGACAGCCUGGAGGAUAUUCGGAGAAGGUUUUCCUCCUGUUUAGCAAAUGACUUAAUUUUUUUUUAAUAUCAGUACUGCAUCUUCUGAGACUUAUUUUUAGUUUUAGGGGAGAUUUUACAUCAGGAGCACCAAUAGCAUCUACUCCUUUAGCUUAUUAGGCUUGAGUUAAAGGCAAUUUAAGAAAAUGAAAAGGAAUGCCUUUUCCUUUCAUAUAGUGGCAGAUCAUAGAACAUACACAGGAACAUCAAAAACAAGGCUCAGAAGAAAUAAACCUACCUUUUUGACCCUUGAAUAUAAUUUAGCAGUAAUGGUGAUUGAUUAGCAAAAAGUCCAAUCCUUAACACAACUUUGCCUCCUUUUACUGCAGAUCUGCAAGUUCUGAUUUGUCAUUUUGUGCAAAUGAGUUUUGUUCUCAACUCUUAGUUCCUAGUGGCAUCUAAAAAACCCGGAAUUUCCAAAAAACUGCUCUAGCAAAAUUAAACAAGUUCAUUCACAUGCUCUAAGGUAACAACACAAUUCUGUGCUUUGAAGGCUUUCUGAGAAGCAAAAUGUGACAUGACACCACAGCUUUGUUUGUCCAAGAGAAUUUUCUUCCCUUGAAAUGCAUCACGUUUCUGUGACAAUGUUUCUAUGACAGGAUGCUGUCUUGACCUUUGAAAUAAUUUUAAAUUUCAAGUUUCAAAACUUUUCUAAACCAGGAAAGUAUGGCAGGAUGAGAGGUUCCACUUCCUAAAAUAAUGCAAAGUAGUAUUAACUGCUGUGCUAUCCAGAGUAGCAAACUCAAAAUAUUAACAGUAUUGAAAGAAAAAAACAAACCAACAAAGAGCAACAACGGCCUACCUACUUGAGUGGAACUAAGUGUAUAACAUUACUUUGUUUUUUGAGUUGAGUUUCCUGGUAGGAUGGCCUCAGGUGAGGUUGUCUUUGGAUAUGCUGCUCUGAGCUGCUGGGAAUGUGCUGUCUUUGGUGGUUUUUUGUUUGUUUGUUUGUUUUUGGUUGUUGUUGUAUUUGGUUGCUUGGUUUGUUUUUUGUGAUCUUUUUCCCAAAGGGUUUUUAUGGUGCUCCUCAAUACAUCAGUUUGUCCUGUGUAAGCAUUGUUUGGGAAAGGUUUUACAGUCAGUAGUAGUGACAAAGCUUUCACAAUUUAUUUUCACUUUUUAUUUUUAACCAAAGAAGAGUGGUAGUUGUGGUUCUUUGACUUUUAAAUGCCCAUUAGGUUAAAUCUAUACACUGUUAUUUAGUAGAAGGGAGUGAAUGUCUAUAUAUGAAAAUAGGAGAAGACUGAAAAAUAAGGAAUGCUGGUAUUUAACUUGCUGCAUUUGAAAUAUCCUUUUGUGUUGCAUCUCGUGUAGCUGCUCAUUCCCUGGGAAUGUCACUGCAUUGGGUACUGCAGAAAAUGAAGUAUUUAUUUUAAUUCUAUUUAAAUCUGUAAUAAUAUGCUAUUCCUUUUCUUCUGGUUGUAGGUAGUCCUAAGAAAAAUAUUUGAACCAUUAUUUUUCAGAUUUGGAAUGUGUCACUGCCUCAUGGAAUGUGUUCCCUCAUGUCCCAUCAGACACACCUGGCCCAGCUGCAUGUGUCACAGGUUUGAAAGCCCUACAGUCAUGUCUUGAAAAAAGUCUCAAUUUUGAGGUCUUAAAUGACUUCACAGUUGCUUCAUGGGCUUUCUUUAGUGUAAGGAGCAGCAUUUGUAGUCUCUCUCUGCACAUAGGAUAAGGAUAUUUAAUCCAUGCUUCCUUUCAGCCUUUGGUCUGAGACUGUUCUUCUCCUUAGAGAAAAGCUUUUGUUGUAUUUAUACCAGUUACAGACUGCUGAAGUUGGGUAUGUGAUAUAUCCAACCAUCCCAGGGCCUGCAGAGCAUGAAGGAGAAGGGGCCUGGGAUGCAAUUGCAUUGCCAGAGCCCAACCCUGUCCCAUUCCUGCAGGCCCUGUCCCCAGCACAGCAAUAAUCAAACAAUCAGGGGGUGCUCAGCUUCCUCCACAGCACUCGUGGGUUUUCCUCAGAGAGUCAGGAAGGGCCAAACCCACCUCCAUCCCAGCUCAGCUCAGCCCCUGCACUGGUGCCAGCUGGUUCCUCCAUCCCAGCACAGCUCAGCCCUCACAGCUGGCUCUGUGGAGAGCAGGACUGUGCAGUCACCCCUUGGAUGGGCUCUGCGACAGAGGGACUGCAGCUCACCCACCUGCAAUGGCAGAAAUCCUGCAGACUCCAUGGCUUUGUUGUUAUUUGAGUCAUUUCAGGCCUCGCGAGGGAAGGGAGGAGGAGAGGAUGCUAAUGAGGAAAACCCUAAACCCUCCCUUUUGUGGUGAUUAAAAACUCCCUUCAUGUUGCCUCUGUUGUGUCUUACCGUCCAGAAAAAGGUUGUUUUUACAGCAGUUUGUUAUCCAUGUCUGGUACCUCACAUUCUAAACUGCAAACAGAACAAUCUAAACCGAUGUCCACUACUACAACCAACACCCCCUCAGGUUUUAGCUCAGUCUUAAUAUUCAGGAAAAAAAUUAAAAAUAGUAGCUCUGUCAAAAGUGCAUCUCCCUUUAAUCUGUGACUUCAGUUUGUUCAGCACCUUUGUUUAAAACGUAUGUUUUCACAUAUUUAAAAUGCCUGAGUUUUAAUAUCUCUGUAUUAAGUGCAUUUACUAUCAAUAAUUUAAAGACUAUUCCUUGCCCAUGGAUGUAUAGAGUUCUGGGAGAAUACCAAAAUUAUAUAAUAUGAAAAACUAUGUAAAGUUUUCUACAUGAAAAUACAAUGUACAAUAGUUAUAAUACUCCAUGCUUUAAUCAAGUGAUAAAUCAAUAAAGUUUUACGAAGUGUUC